UUUGGGAACCGAAAAAGUUCGGAAGAGUAACAGGGGACUGGUAACUCUGUUCCUCCCAAGGUACGUGGAUCAGCUCACCAGUAGAGGUCAAGACCCCAUUGUCAAGUUAUUUCCAUCUCGUAUAUACAGUUCAACACCUGCCGUUACGCGUCUGCUGGCGCCCUUGCCGAGUGCUCACCAGAACUCUCGCUGCUUAGUCUCGCACCUUUCGCUGUCCCUUGCCCUGAUUCCCAUGCCCAACCUCGCCCAUCCGUGGCAUUUGCCUGCCGACUACACCCAGCAAUAAUAAUGUCCUGCAGUCUCUACACGCUCACACACCCAACCUCCCCACACCUCGCAAAGCACAACUAAUAGGGCACGGCAUCUUAGCAGUUUCCUUGCGGCAUGUAUAGAAAUAUAGAAAUUCUCUCUUCUGCAGAUUUGGGAACCGAAAUAUUACGGAAGGGUAACACUGUUGGCACUCUCAUCACCCCCUUUAUACUAGUAUCCCUUCUAAAUCCAGCUCACCUAGACCAUACUAAUACUCUCUGCCUGCGUAUUUCGCAUUGCAUAGUAACCACACAAUUAUUCGUCUAUACCGACUCGCACGAGAUAAACCAGAAGGACUCGGAUGAUUCAGAUCCUGGGCGGAUAUCAUACGCUCGUGCGUUCAACAUACUCCUCAGCAUCGAUGACAGCCAGUUCGAAGACCAUUGUCUAUAUCAGCCGAUGAAUGAAAUAUUAAUGACUGCCGUAUCGAUAACGAUAAACCUCGAUUUAUCGCUGGAUACCAUACUUGGCCAGACGUACCCACCGGGUGGCAGCCUGCGUGUCUCCUUGUCCAUCCAAUCCUACAAUUCACAUGAAAAGAUGCAACCGCCGCUGUCCGAGAGAGGUCCGGGUCUCCAGUUGAAGAGGUGGCUAGACGGCGACAUAUCUACCGCCAUAGAAUGGUUAACUUUUCAAGACGGAUAUAGAUUCAGUGCUAUGGGCAAGCACUGGCAGCCCCGGAAGUUUGCCAAAGUUCUGACACGCGUAGAGUAUCUGCCAUACCUUCCUGUGCUUCAAGGCACAGCCUCACUCAAAUUUGAGCAGUGGGGCAUCCUGCCUGACAUAGACGAGGCCACUGAGCUCGCUCGAGUUGCCCUUGUCCCCCGGCCUAAAGUCCAUCAUGUCCGCCACAUCUACCGGAAACAAAUCAUCCCCCUCCCGCAGCUUGAUUCCCACCCUUUCGGCGCACAACCACAAUCCAAUAUAAAACGCCUGACUGCCCUAGAAGGUCAUCCUGAGCCGAACGUAGCCUGCCCCGUUGCAUAA